ACGAGCGCGCGCGUGUCCAAAAUGCCAUGCUCAUAUGCGUCGUCAUGCAUGAUGAGGACCAGUAGGUGUCUCCGUUAAGCUGAUCGAAGAAACCAACGCUGGCUACCUAUCCUUAUCAAAAGGAAAAAGAAAAAACGCUGGCUACCUAUAAAUACCGGCGCCCCAGCCCUCCUUUUGCAUCGAACCAAAAGCUCCGAUCCGUCCUUACGUGCUUAACCACCUACACAGCUCACACUACUCAGGUCACUCGUACACAGGCAGUGCAAGCUAGCAUGGCGCACAAGCUCCCAGCCACCCUCGUCGCCGCCUUCGCCGUCCUCCUUGCCCUCGCCGCGCCGCUGGUGGUCAUCGCCGGCGACCCCGACAUGCUCCAGGACAUCUGCGUCGCCGACUACCAUUCCCUCAAGGGCCCGCUGAGGCUGAACGGGUUCCCGUGCAAGAGGGCGGAGAACGUGACGGCGCACGACUUCUCCUCCGGCCUGCUGGCGAAGCCCGGCAACACCAGCAACGCGGUGGGGUCGGCGGUGACGGCGGCGAACGUGGAGAUGGUGGCGGGGCUCAACACCCUGGGCGUGUCCAUGGCGCGCAUCGACUUCGCGCCGUGGGGUGUGAACCCGCCGCACACCCACCCGCGCGCCACCGAGAUCAUCUUCGUCCUCAAGGGAUCCCUCCACGUCGGCUUCAUCACCACCGCGAACGUCCUCUUCGCACGCACCCUCCGAAGGGGCGAGAUCUUCGUCUUCCCCCGCGGCCUCGUCCACUUCCAGAGGAACAACGGCCGCGCCCCCGCCGCCGUCGUCUCCGCCUUCAACAGCCAGCUGCCGGGCACGCAGGCCGUCGCCGCCACGCUCUUCGGCGCCUCGCCGCCGGUGCCCGACGACGUGCUCGCCAGGGCGUUCCAGAUCGACGCCGGCCUCGUCGAGGCCAUCAGGGCCAAGUUCCCGGCGCCCAUGUAGUAGGCGCGCGCAUGCUGGCCCUGCCAAUGCCAUGCAAGCACAUCGAUGGUGAUUUCAGUCCGAGCGAUACGAUUGUGUGCUAGCGCGCUGUAAUAAAGCAUGAUCCGUCAAAUAAUUGGUUGGGUUUGUUUCGUGUGUGUGGUCAUGCAUGCCCUGGCCUCAAGUCAUGGACACUUCACUGUUACGUUGUUGCUUUUCAAUUUCAGCGUGAACCAUUUGGGUAAGGUGUGGUAUAUGCAAUGGAAAUGAAUGCUCUGAUUGUCUCAAGUGUUUA